ACCCCCCACUUGAUAUUUAAUCUUUUUGUAAGAACGUGAAACAUGACACCCUAACUCGCGUUGCUUGCUUGAGUGAUUUGACUCGUGUCGAGUGUAUUGUAUUUAGUUUAAGCGUGGCUGAUCGAGUGAGUAUCAGAAUCAAUUCAAUUUUGAGCUAGUCAUGAAGAUCCACUGCGACGUGUGUAACAAGCACCAGGCCUCUUUCUUCUGCACCGCCGACGAAGCUGCCCUAUGCGACGGCUGCGACCACCGCGUCCACCACGCCAACAAGCUCGCCUCCAAACACCAACGCUUCUCCCUCACCCACCCCUCUGCGAAACAUUUUCCCCUCUGCGAUGUUUGCCAGGAGAGAAGAGCCUUCGUGUUUUGUCAGCAAGAUAGAGCGAUUCUGUGCAAAGAGUGUGACGUGCCCAUUCAUUCUGCCAACGACCUCACCAAGAACCAUAGCAGGUUUCUUCUCACUGGGAUUAAGUUCUCUGCUUCUGCCACGCCUUAUGAUUAUUCAUCACCACCACCACCACCACCACCACCACCCAAGAGAAACCCUGUUCUCGAUUCUCCUUCAACACCGUCACCGCCUAAGCCUGGGGGAAACUCGCUAACAAACGAAGAAGAACCUGGUUUCACAGGUAGCAGCAUUUCAGAGUACUUGAUAAACUCUAUCCCAGGCAUGAAGUUCGAAGAUUUCCUCGAUUCACAUUCUCUUCCCUUUGCUUGCUCCAAGCAAUUGAUCAUAGUUUAAUUGGAUCUGAGAAUUGAGAUUAAUACGUUGACGAUGAAUUACAGAAUAGUGAUGACAUGUUGUCGCUGUUUGGUGAGGGAAACAUGGUUUCUUUCUCACCCGGUGGGUUCUGGGUUCCUCAAGCACCACCAUCUUCAGUACAAAUGGAUCGGCAGAGUGGGUACAGAGAGACAAGGGAAGGUAGCAUUAGAUCAAGUUUUGGAGAUGAUAAUUUCAUAGUUCCACAGAUGAGUCCUCCCAGCAAUGUGUCUAAUAAGAGAUCCAGGCUUCUCUGGUAAAACAGAUAUAGCUAGUUACAACUAGCUAACCACCUUAUGUGGCUUUGUGUGACUUAAAUUUCACUCUCCCCUCUUAUUUUGUAUUUUUUAUGUGGUAUUGUUUUAAUUUUUGUUUGUUCGUUUGUUUUUGGUCCCUCUCCCUUCCUGAACUACACUACUCUUCUAGCUACUUUCUCUCUUGAUAAGUUGGUGUAUCUCUUCCAAAUUGUAAAUAUGAACGUUUUAAGAGCUCUCUGGGUUGA